AAAAAAAAAAGAGCCUCUACUGGCACUCUUUAACAGACAUCGUGUUCCUGAGAGAAGGACAUUAGCAGUCCUGAAGGUGUUCCAGAGUUUACCACAAUUACUGAUACCACUUUCCCUCUUCCUUUGGAGUUUUUUAGCAUGUAUUACCUGUUGCUAGAGCAAUUGUAUUAAACGUCUCUGGCCUAACUGCAAAAAAACAGUAACAGUAAUAAAGUAACAACACAAGACAGGAGAAAGCUUUGCUGUACAUCUAUCCUUUUAGCUGUUUUGCAGCCUGUAGCCACAGGAAACUAAAAAUGCCAAUGAUGCCUUCUCAGCAAUAUUCUUGACCUUAAAGCCACAGGUUAGAGGCCCUUGUUCAAGGGGAAAGAUGAGGGAAAGGUUGAGUACUGCUUGCAACAGCCUGGCUCUGUUUUAGCAGACUGCAUUUUAUCAGUCUGUUUACUUCGGUACAGAAGAUUCUGUAACAGAAGUUUGUCUAACUAUGAAAGGCAGCUUUUUGCCUCAAGAAAACUUAAGCAGAAGGUAAGCUAGCUUCCUAUUUUGUCACAUUAAGUUAGACUUUUGAAAUUACUUUUCUAAUCUAGAGUAAUACUUAACGUCUAAAGUAGUCCAGAUAACUUUGAUCCAGAACAAUUAGAUACAUAUCUUUCUAACAAUGAAAUCAAAAUCUUUUUCAUUCAGUUUUGAUUUUGAGGAUUAAUAGUAACAAAAAUGCAUUUUCAGUAUUUACUGAAGCAAUGGAUAUCUACUGAUGCUGUGUACGUAUGACUCACCAGUCUCUCAUUCUUACAAAAGGACGUUUCUUUUACCAGAAGGAUACUUCAAUCAAUAUUAUAUAAUGGUACUCAAAAUAGACGGCUGUGUACUGUGCUGUCACUCCUCUAAAAGCAUUGUUGACUGCCUACUUUUCAAAACUGUUGAUGUCAUUUUGAACUAAUAGGGUUACUUUUUGACAAAAAUGCACUCUGUAGCUGCUCAUGCCUUAAUAAAAGUAUGCAAUGUAUUAAAGAUGUUUCUUAAGCAUUUAAUCAAAAGUAAUAAGAAAAAGUAGAAGUAGUAAUAUUUGGAUAACUAGAAAUCACCUCAGUUGUUACAGUUUAAGAGAAAUACUUAAUGACACUGAAGUGUACUUCUGAAAAUACUAUUCUCAAAAUAACAGUAAUGGUUCAGGGAAAAUUACAUCAAUAUUAAUUGUAUGAUUUAAUAACCUGUGACAGGCACACUAACUGAAAGCCAUAAGUCACAUAACUUUAGCAGAUCAUAUGCAGGUCAUCUUCAUGAAUGCAAUGAUUCAGAUCUGUCUUGAUGUUUGACAUUUAAGCCCCAAGCCAGAACCUGAUACGGUUUCAUUUUUCAAAUGUCUUUCCUGCUGUUCUGAUUCAUGUAGUAGUGAUUUCAGACACCCAUGCUCUUUAAAUGGUACCCCGUAAUCCAGAUCAUAGCACAGACAUUUUUCUUUUCUAGUCUACUCAUAUCCUAGUCCUCUGUCAUGCUUAUUUAAAUUCCCAUGCUUUUCUUAUUUUUGAAGUUGCCUUCCCAAGCACUGUCCCCACUUUCCAGACACCUUUCCUCCUCUUGGUCACCUACUGAUCAAAAGAUUCUCCAGACUGCCACUAGUGACUGGUUUUCAAGGACUGUUGGUUCUUCACCUUCAAGCAUGUGCAUCAUACCCCCUCCACCAUUUCCAGACAGUUUUCUUUGCGACUUGGAAGAACUCAAUUCUUUGGCAUUAACAACAUCCCAAUCUGUAGCCAUAUCCCCAGCCACCUCAUCUCAUGACAUAGCAUAUAAGCAUACCAGCAACAAUAACAAAGCAGGAAAAGAAAAAGACCUGAGAUGUAUACUUGACUCUUCAGUUAUCAAAGUGCCUCGAGACUUGUCAGAUACUACAAGAGAACAUGAACAGGUUGGCACUAUCUGUAACAUCCCUUCACCAUAUGAAGGUGGCUCCAUCUCUAGAGUGCUAGCUGAAACUGCUGAAAGCAAAGAGGAAAACUGUGCUGCAGUUCUGUCAGUUAAUACAGAUGAUCAGUCAAAGCCUCAAGAAUCAGACUUCUACAAUGGAGCGCAAGACACAACAGAAGAACUGACAAGACUCUAUAUAGAGGAGGAUCUGGGACAUGACAAUUUAGAAUUCUCAAUAGCAAGUGGAGGUGACUCCAUGGUAUGUUAUGAAUAUGAAUGACUCCAUGAUGUUAUGAUACACUUCACCAAAUAAUGAUAAGGUAUUUUAAUUUCUGAAAAAAAAAAAAAAAGUUUCUGUGCUCAAAUAGCUUACUCAGUAUAAUUAUUCUCUGCCUUUUCUUGUACUUAUAUUUUUGUGUUGUGCAUAGGGACAGUUUUAUACUAUUGCAUUGGAUAAAAAAUUUCAAUGUUAGGGGAUAGUCCCUUCUCAGAAGCAGCUGUAUACACCACUGUAAAUUCAGUGGUGUAUCAGUUCUACUGGUCCUUCCUCU